AUGGGGUAACAUCUAUGGUACAGUGUAGCGCUUAUGUGAAAGUUUACAAAAAAAUAAUACGAUUCCAUACAUCCAAAUGCCCGGAGCGACACGGUACGUAAACAGUUAACAGCCUUAUUUGAAGGGCUAAUAAAGUAGCUAAAGCCCAAGGUGUAAUGUCAUGUCCUGCCAAUCUAAAUAGGCUACCAGACAACCUGCGCAUGUCCACGCCGGUCGGCGUCAGCUAGCUCUACGAUGUACAGCACCGCGUGUGUGGUGUCGGCAGGCCGGGCCGUCCUGGAGAUGAUCCAGUAUGACUGGGAGCCGCUCUCUCACGGGGAGCUGGAGCAGCGGCUGGAUCAUGCAGUGGAGGAGAUUCUCGAGGCGGAUCUCAUUGAGAAGGCGAGAGCCCAAGCUGGGCCUACUUAUCUGCCGCAGCCAGAACCGCCACAACACAUUCAGCAGUCAACGCUGUCACCACAACCUCAACAGUUAGAAUUGCCUCAGCUUUCACAAGAGUCUCAACAAUUUCAAGAGUCAAGUAAUGCUCAGGAGAACAUUGCUGUCCAGUAUAUCACAGACCUCCUCCAGAACUCGGACUCCAGCUACAACAGGAGUCGACUGACAGGCCGUGCCCGCCUGUCACUCCCCCACACUGUCAUUCUGUCCCUCACUCUGCUCUGCAACCGCCUCAGCUAUCGCUCGGUGUCCAGCCGCUUCCGUGUGGAGAAAGGGAACAUACACCGCAUCUUCUUCUCCUUCUGUGAACGAGUGAAUGCGCUGGCCGACCAGCAAAUACGAUGGCCGACAGGGCAAGAUGGAGAGGAAAACCUACAGUCCUCCAGUUUCCUUGCCAAAACCGAGAGCUCAGAACAGACAGGAAUCCCUAAGGUUUUUGGUAUCCUGGGACGCACUCGCAUACCUAUCCGCUUACCAAUUGGGAAACAACAAGUCGAAGGUGGAGUAUUGGAGGUGAAAAAAAUGAAAAAAGAAGUCCAUCCGGACUCUUGGCUGAACGUGGAGCUUGUGUGUAACAGCCAAGGCAAGAUAUUGCACUGCAGAAUCAGCAAAGGCUCAGAUACUGACAAAGCCAGUGCCUUAAAAGAGAAACUCAAACAGAACCCUCAUAUGUUACCGGAAGGAUCCUGCUUGGUGGCAGGGUCAGGGUAUCCCCUCUCUGGCCAAAUCCUGACCCCAUACCCCACAUGUUGUGGUACUAGGGAGAAUCUCUACAAUCAGGCCCUUGAGGCCCAUCUGGAUGUAUUUGACCAGGUAGUGGCUGAACUGAAAGCUCGCUUCCAAAGGCUGAAGUAUUUGGACAUGGGGAACUUUACGAGGGCACAUGCAGUGGUGUUGACAGCCUGUAUUUUGCAUAACGUGUUCCUGGAGAUGGGAGCCAGAGAGAGUGUGUCUGUGAAGCCUCAAAGGGAAGAAAGGGAAAAGGAGGAAGGAGAGGAGGAGGAAGAAGGUGUGCGUAAAAGGGAGGCCAUUGCGGAAUUGCUCUAUAGAGAGAUAGAGGCUGGGCAACUGAAAUGUGAUUAAAUGCUGAAUAUGAAAUGGCAUGGAGAUGGUGAUACAGUGAGGAAGGGGAU